CGCUUAGCUCGGGUGGCCGCGGGGCUGCAGCGAGGGCCGCAGCGUGCCCUGCCGCCCCGUCUUUUCCCGCUCGCUUUCGUUCCUGCGAGGAGGCGGCGAGUCUCUCCCAACGCCGGGCUGCAGGGUUCCUCCCGGCUGAGAUCUUCCCCGGAGCGAUGACGGGUGUUCCCAGGGUGUCGCUCUGAUGUGCCCCUCGGUUUAAAUCGGGCUUGGCUCCGGGCGGUGUGGACAGGAGCAGCACCUGGGUUGAGAGGUGCCUUUAGGCCAAGAAGCUGGGUUAGUGCUGCUGAAGAGUGAAUUUUGCCAGGGAACACGUGCGGAAAGGUCUUACGAGCAUAUGGACUUCUUCUCUGUUCAGAUGAUGCUUUUCCUGCAAGACCUGCGCUCUUGAGUUGGCAGCGUGUGGCUGCCCUGAAGAAGGGCGCUGCUUUCUGUGAACGUGUGGUCAUAUCAGUGCUGUUUUCCAGCUCCUUCCCUGACACCUGCAGCCAGGGGCUCCUCAGCCGCGUUGUACACGUUGUCCUGACAGCGCGGUGUCUCGGAGCACAAAAAUUCCAGUUAACGUUUGCCAGUGCAGAUUCCAGUAUACUGAUUUGACCACACAAGUCCUGUUUCUGCAUUAAUAGGUGUGAUGUUGCUAUUUUAUUUAACUUACUCUUUCGGUGGUCACUGGGCUUCAGGUUGUUUCCUUUAAAAUCCUGGUAGAUAAGAUACUGCACCUACCUGAUUUUGAAGAUGUGCAGUCUCGUGCUCUCUCUCUGCAUUCAGUGGGAAAGGUACACGGAUAAUUCCGCGUGGUGUUCUCUUGACAUUUUUCAUUUCAGUUGUUUUACAAAGAAGGUAAAGGGAAUGAGUUAGUCUGUCUCUGUUACUAGAACAGCUUCUCUUGGUAUCCGUUAGAAAAAAACUACUGCUCUUAAAUUUGAAGGCUGUAUAACUUGUCUUUAAAAGGAUCUGGCCCAUAAAGUUCAAAAGGGUGCCUAGCUAUAUGCUCCUAGUUGACUGCUAAUUUGCCUUUGUGGGCAACCUUCAGUGCUUUCAGUUUGAAAGGAUAGUAUACGCACACAGGACACUGAAGCCCAAUCCAAGAGGUUUUCAGGGCCCGUACUGUAUUUACGUAUCUAUUCUGUUGUUUUGAGAUCCUCGCUUUUCUGGAGAACUUCGGUGCUCUUGAGGCAUAACAGAAGCACUUCUGAGAGGCCAGCCUUAAAGGAAUGAGUGGUGAGAAGGAUUGCCAAAUGCUUUUAAAUCAAUUGAGAGAGAUAACAGGAAUUCAAGAUUCAGCCUUCCUUCAUGCAGCUCUAAAGGCUGCUAAUGGAGACCUAAUGGAAGCAGUCAGCUUCCUCACAGAGGAGCAUGCUCAGGAGCCUAAUCGGAACAGUGCUGCUGCAGAACCAUCCACCUGGGAAGGGAGUGCAGUGGGCAAACAGCUUCCACCAAAUGUCACUGCACUUACCUCUAACAACGAAGAAGACCUCCAGGCAGUCAUCACUUUCAGCCUGUUAGAAUCACCAAAAGCUCAAGCUGGAGAACGAGAAGCAGAAAGAGUUCAGGAAGCACAUUCCGCUGAAAACAAAAACCGCUCCAAAAGGAAACGUUGUGAAGCCUGGGGAGAGAAUCCCAAACAGAAUGACUGGAGAAGAGUGGGUGACUGGCCUGUCGGAAUGAAAAACAUCGGAAAUACAUGCUGGUUUAGUGCUGUCAUACAGUCUCUUUUCCAGUUGCCAGAAUUUCGGAGACUGGUCCUUGGCUACUCUCUCCCACAAAGUGUGCUUGAGAAUUGUCGAAGUCGCACAGGAAAAAGAAAUAUUGCAUUCAUGCAAGAGCUUCAAUGUCUGUUUGCUUUAAUGCUGGGGACACGUCGUAAGUUUGUGGACCCUUCUGCAGCACUGGAGCUCUUAAGGGAUGCCUUUAGAUCAGCUGAAGAACAGCAGCAAGAUGUCAGUGAAUUCACGCACAAGCUACUAGAUUGGCUGGAGGAUGCAUUCCAGCUUACUGUGAAUGUCAACAACCCUGGGGACAAAUCUGAAAACCCAAUGGUACAACUUUUCUAUGGGACCUUCUUGACUGAGGGUAUACAUGAGGGCAAUACUUUUUCCAAGAUUGAAACCUUUGGUCAGUAUCCCCUUCAGGUAAAUGGUUAUCGGAACUUGAACGAGUGCUUGGAAGGAGCCAUGGUGGAGGGGGAGAUGGAUGAGGAGACAGCAGCUCAGUCAGUGAAAUAUGGACAGGAGCGCUGGUUUACAAAGCUCCCACCAGUGUUGACCUUUGAACUUUCCCGAUUUGAGUUCAAUCAGUCACUAGGACAGCCAGAGAAAAUUCACACCAGGCUAGAAUUUCCCCAGACUAUUUAUAUGGACAGGUACCUCUACAGCAGUAAAGAGCUUAUUCAGAAGAAAAGAGAAGAGAUCAAGAGAUUAAAGGAGAAAAUAGCAAUUCUGCAGCAGAAACUGGAAAAGUACAUGAAAUACGGCUCUGGCCCAACCCGCUUUCCACUACCUGACAUGCUCCAGUAUGUUCUCGAAUUCAUCACUACAAAGCCAGCUGUUGUUCGCUCUUCUGCUCAUGACUCACGGGCAACAGUUCUGCAGUCCCAAGCCGAGUCUCAUGUUUUAGACAGACUUUCACAGCAGAAUAGUGUGCUAGAAGCAAAGAAUACUAAAACGACUGAAGAUACUGCUUUCUUUUUGGCAAAUUCUUCACCACAACAAAAACUGAGUACAUCACUUCAGCCUUCUGAUUCACCAGCAGAAAUAUCUGACUGCCCUGCUCCUCACGUGAUUUCUGAGGAGGAGGUGAACCUUGUUAGGACAUGUCUGCAGCGAUGGAGAAAUGAGAUAGAACAAGACAUGCAAGAUUUGAAAGACUCCAUUGCCAGAAUCAACCUAUCCGUUGAACAAAUGUACUGUGACCCUCUCCUCCAGCAGGUUCCCUAUCGUUUGCAUGCAGUCUUGGUUCAUGAAGGGCAAGCAAAUGCUGGUCAUUACUGGGCCUACAUAUAUGACCAGCCUCGAAAAAGCUGGCUCAAGUACAAUGACAUCUCAGUGACAGAAUCAUCAUGGGAAGAACUGGAGAGAGAUUCAUUUGGAGGCUUGAGGAAUGCCAGUGCCUACUGCCUGAUGUACAUAAGUGAUAAGGUGUCCCGCUUGGUUGCAGAUGAGGAGGAUGAUUCAGAUGUUGGACGGUUUCAGAAAGAAGUUGAAGCCUUGCCCUUCGAACUGAAACAUUACAUUCAGGAGGACAACUGGCGACUUGAGCAAGAGGCAGAAGAAUGGGAAGAGGAGCAAUCUUGCAAGAUACCUCAGAUUGAACCUUCACCUGCUUUUGAAUCACAGGACCUCUCUUCUGAAUCAGGACCAGAUCAGUCUUCAGGCUGUGAGCAGAGCAUGCGUUCGUUGUCCUCUGAACAUGCCAUGAUUGCAAAGGAGCAGACUGCCCAGGCCAUUGCAAACACUGCCGAUGCCUACGAGAAGAAUGGUGUAGAGGCAGCUCUCUGUGAGCCAAAAGAGAUAGACCCAAUGAAGGCCCAUCCGGGAGAAACAACUCUUACAGUUCAGGCAGAACAACCACAGGAUGCUAAAGAGACAGAGUCUGCUGACCAAACUAGCUCACAGGUCUCUGAAGUGGAAAUCCCCAGUGUGGGGAAGAUUCUUGUUAGAUCUGAUGCAGAUGGAUAUGAUGAGGAGGUGAUGCUGAGUCCAGCCAUGCAAGGUGUGAUCCUCGCUAUUGCAAAAGCCCGCCAGACCUUUGAUCGAGAUGGGUCUGAAGCAGGGCUUGUUAAGGCGUUCCAUGAGGAAUACUGCAGACUCUAUCUACUUGCAAAAGAGACCCCAACCCCUCAGAAUGAUGCCCGGUUGCAACAUGUGCUCGUUUACUUCCUGCAAAACAAUGCUCCCAAACAGGUUGUCGAGCGGACCCUUCUUGAGCAGUUUGCAGAUAAAAACCUCAGCUAUGAUGAAAGGUCAAUUAGCAUUAUGAAGGUAGCACGAGCUAAGCUGAGAGAAAUUGGCCCUGACGAUGUUGAUAUGGAGGAGUAUAAGAGAUGGCACGAAGACUACAGUCUUUUUCGCAAGGUGUCUGUUUACCUGCUUACAGGGCUGGAGCUGUACCAGAAUAGAAAGUACCAGGAGUCAUUGACCUACCUGGUCUACGCCUACCAAAGUAACACCACACUGCUGAUGAAGGGACCCAACAGAGGAGUGAAUGAAUCGCUGAUUGCCCUGUACAGAAGAAAAUGUCUCCUGAAGCUGAAUGAUGUGGCAGCAUCUCUGUUUGUGAGCAGUGAAGAGGCUCGUGUGGCAGAGGGCAUUAACAUCCUGAAUGAGCUGAUCAUCCCCUGCAUGCACCUCAUCAUUAACAAUGACAUCUCAAAAGAUGACCUGGAUGCCAUUGAGGUCAUGAGAAACCGCUGGUGCUCCUAUCUGGGACGAGAAGACAUGGAUGCAAACCUGCAGCUGAAGCUAGGCGAAUUGCUCCCCAGGCUCCUUGACUGCUCUGCAGAGGUUAUUGUGCUCAAAGAGCCCCCGAAGAUCCGGCCCAACUCCCCCUACGACCUCUGCAGCCGCUUUGCAGCCGUGAUGGAGUCCAUUCACGGGGCCUCAACGGUGACUGUAAAAUAGAUGGCUGACUUUCCAGCUUGAUGUGGUAUACUGUAAGCCACCUAACUGCACAGAAUCCUUCUGUCAGGCAGUAUUUCGAUGGGAGAGGGAGGAGGACAGAUAAUUUGUAUUCAAACCUGUAUUCUUUGUAUAUAUGAAUGAAUAAAAAGCAGUAUUGCACUUUUAAGAUAAAAUGUUAUGUGAUAAUGCUGAUGAUGUGAACCACUGUGCUAAUACAACACAAGUAUCUGGCAGUACCAUCUGCCUUUCAUCCCUAAGACUGUAUCAGAAGAUUCUUCUGUUGUGGCAACUUUCUAGACUGUUCAGCAGACAAAAUCCCUGGAACUGUGAAAACAGAGCAAGAGACUGACUCAUCUGGUGAGCCAAGCUAUUAACUGUCAUUGAGCUGUCAAACCCAUUUACAUCUUCCUAAAUUAUACAUAAAAGCUAUCAAAGAUGGUCAAUUCAUAUCUUGCCAGGCUACUGCUAGCAGAAGUCUGAAUUGUGUGACUAGGGAGCAGAGGGGAAGAUGGCUCACAGGGUAUAUAAUGUGGGCAGUCAUGCGUGCAGCUGCAUAUUUUGGCUGAGUGAAGUCAAACAGGCAUUUGCCUUUUGUGUUUAACUGGCAAAAGAAAUUAUGCAGGACUCUUCCUCUGAGAAAGGCAAAAGCAAAUAAUGGCAGUGCCAGGAGACAGGACAGAGCUUUAAAGAUCCUCUCAUGCACAGUUGUGCUACAGUGGUAGCUUACCAGUUAAAGUAAAUACCACCUCCUCCACCAAAGGAAAUUCCCUUCUUGGAUCUGAAAAUAAACUUCUUCCUCCCCUCUGGUGGAUUUUUAAUGUUGGAUUAGUGAUUAUGAUAACUGCAAAGGCUAGAAUCAGCUCUUAGGUUUCUUAUUAUCCCUCUGUAAAAGUGUGCCCCGUUUGAAUUUCCUUUUCCAGGCAGCCUGUAAUUACGUUUGAACAGCAGCAGUUGUUUCAACCAAAUGUUCUGAGUAGGUGGGGAGGGGGGAAAAUCCUGUUUGUUAGGACUAUGCAGGUUUUAUAAAAGUACAAUAAAAGCAUUUGUUCUAUUUUAGAAUGAAA